AGUGCUCUCCCUUCUCUCUAUCUCACUCCUAGCUAUUCUUUGUUUCUCUUCCUUUAAUCCCUUGAAACUCAGAAGAAGAAGAAAAAUGAAUCCAUAUCUCCUUGAGAAAGAUCUAGUGGCCGGUAAUGAAACAAUCAAUGGGUCAAGAUCAAGAUUCGAAAACGCAAACAACUUCGGAUCUCUACCAAACUCACACACUGCGGCUUCUCGUAAAACUUCCCUCACCAACCUCUCUCUCUCUAGGAACCAUCCUCUCAACAACAAACCAGCCUCAGUCCUCGAGCCGGAAGAUGAACAUGGUGAGAAAGACAAGGGUGAAAACGAUAAGAGAAUGAGAAUGAGGGGUAAAAAUGGAAUUAACACAAAAGUAUGCUCACGAGGACACUGGAGACCAACAGAAGAUGCUAAACUCAAGGAGCUUGUUGCCCAGUUUGGUCCCCAGAACUGGAACUUGAUUGCUCACCACCUUCUUGGUAGAUCAGGCAAGAGUUGUAGAUUGAGAUGGUUUAACCAACUCGACCCAAGGAUUAACAAGAGAGCCUUCACGGAAGAAGAAGAGUUUAGGCUUUUAGCUGCUCACCAAUCCUAUGGCAACAAGUGGGCUAUGAUCUCACGUCUCUUCCCGGGUCGUACCGAUAACGCCGUCAAGAACCAUUGGCACGUCAUCAUGGCUCGACGGAGUAGAGAAAGCCAACGACAACGUCAACAGCCUCCUCUGGCAGCGCCGUCAAGAGACGCUGAGAUGACGGUUUCGUCCUCGUGCCGUCGGGAGUUCUUCGGUAACGUAGCGAAGGGUAGUUUUGUCAAUGAAGAAGAUGAUGAAGAUGACGACGAUGGCUCAGCUGUCUCUACUUGCACCACGGAGCUCUCUCUUACUCCACCUUCUUCGGCUCACCAGCCUCGCUUCUUGAAUUACGAUAACACCCUUGCCUCAGGUAAAGAUGGUCAGUGUGUGCAGAGAGCAGAAGUAAAUGGCAUAUAUGGUAAAAAGAUGGACCAUCAAAAUCACCACACAAUCACAGUCAGUGAAAGAAAGGUGGAGAAGAAGAUGAAGAGUGGCUUUUACUUCUUUGAUUUUCUUGGAGUUGGAGCUUCUUGAUUUAAUUAGCUAGUUUGCAGAACUAGGGCUCAAUGAUGAGGGUGAACUGUGAUAUAAAAAUAUGGCUUUAGUUUCUUCUAUAUAUUUUCCUGGUUAAUUUUAGGCAUGUUUGUUUAA